UGCUUUCAGGGGCAGUCUUCCCUCUCUCUAUAGUAUGACUAUAGCAAUUCUGUGUAUCCUUGAAGUAAUCGAAGUUCUCAUUUAUUUAAUUAUUCCGUAAAUUGAUUUGAUUAAUAUUAUUUACGCCUUAGUUAUAAGAAGACAAUAUUCAAUAUCAACAUGAAUUUGAAAAUUGCAAUGUGCUCACAAUAGGUAAAUCUAAUACCUGUCUCUGAAAGCGACCUGGUUUAAUUUAAUAUUAGGUAUAUAUUACGUAAAAUGAUAAUGUGUAAUUCGAUUUUAGGAUAAUUGUAUGAAUCAAAUGAUUUUCUUACUGGAAAUCUAAGUAUCGUGUCUUUAAUUUAUUUUCUUUUUUAAUCUAAAAUUAUUAAACUUUGUAAAAAGUAAAGGUAUUUACCUUACCUUUGAUCAAUUUUGUCUAUGUUCUCUGAAUUAAAUUACUAACCCGCACAGAUCUUAGAUUGUAAUUAAAAGAUCUUAUAAUGAUAACGAUUUAUCUAUUCGAGAUCGAAGAAAUUUGUACCGAAAAAGAUGACGAAUUUUAUCUUUUGACUCCGAAUGAUAACCAAGUUCGCGUGUGAAACUAGUAACAAAUGUGACGUUUAAGAAAAAACACGAGAAUUGGGGGAAAGAAGUUAUUUAAAAUAGAACACGGAGAUACAAGUAACGAAGCAAGAGGAGUCAGUAGCCGGAGGGGAAAAAAUGGCCGACAGCGAGAAGGAGGAGGCUCACAAUCUCCAAAUGGAGUUUGAAUGGGUACUUCAUGAAGAAGUUCAUUCUUCAUUGUCACAGUUAAGGAACAUUUUAAUGGAAUGUGCACAAAGAUUUCCAUUGACCUUAUUUGGCAAUGAUCAACAUAAUAAAACCGACAGAUUUAUAUUUGCUGCUCCUCAUGAUCAAGUAAAAUGCGUAGCUGUUCUAACUGGUGACAGUAUAACACAUGCAGAAGUUAACUUUAAAGUUCAACGUCAACAGAAUGUUAAUAUGAGAACAAGCAUACAAAAUGAGCAUCCAUGGAAGUUGCAACAAAUACAAGAUGCUGCCAAUCACUUGCAGCAAGCUAUUGCACAUAUAGACAAUAUUGAUCGUCAUUAUCCUUUCAAAACGUCAGAUGAAGUUAUGCAUGUAUUAGGAAAUAUAUUGGGUUGCCUUCAACGUAGCCGAACAAGUUUAAUUGUUCCUAGGAAAAAAACAAUUGAUGAUCUCAUUAAAAGUCGAAAUAUGAAAUCUUUAAACCCAAAUCUUCCUGAAAAUUUGGCUAUAAGUUUCUAUAUACAAAGCUACAAGCUGGUUCUGGCAGUAUAUCAAUUAGAGAAUUCGCAUGGUAGUGUCAAGCAUGAAACUCAACAAGCAGAAUGCAGUGUACCUUGGUUAAAUGAUGCUCUAGUAUUGCUCACCAUAGCACUGCAGCUUUGUCAACGAUUAAAGGAUAAGAUUUGUGUUUUCUCUCAGUAUAAAGAUUUUACAGUGGGUUCUUGCGUUGCCUCUACCACAACCUGAUAAUCAAAAUAUAUCUAAUUCUUUAGAUGAUUGUCAGUUGAAGAAAUGUCUAUAUACUUGUAACACAGCAUACCACAGUUAAUGCUCCGGUAGCAUUUUUAGUGGAUUUUACUUCUAUAAUGGAAUUUAAUCUUCCUAAAUAAGGUGUUUAUAGAAUGUGUAUAGGAUUCUUUGAACUAUGUAUAUAUUACAAUUUCAAUGAAUUGGGAACUCUUGUAUAUUUGUACAAGUUCUACUACUUUUUCCCAAUUUAUUACUUACACAAUGAUUUUAGAAAUAUUUUGUUAAUAGUUGCAUCUGCAAUUAUGAAAUUAUUUUGUUUAUUAGACACUACUUUUGUUCUGUUUGAAGAUCUUCACUACAAUAAUUAAGGGUAACUGUCAAUUGUUAUUGAAUUGAUUAAUAGAAUAAUUAAGUAGUAUAUAUACUAUACUUUCUGUGAUCAUUUGGAAUGUUAUAGUAAUCAUUUUCUUAUUGAAAUUUAACAAUGUAUUUUUAGAUUAGGAUAUUUCAAAUCUUUAUUUUUAAAUGUUUUUCAUAAUUGAUUUAUUACUUCAAUCAUCUUCGACAAUUAUUUAUUUUUAUCACCAAAGAAUAUUCAGUACACAUUUACCUUUAUUGUUAUGGUAUGACGUUCCUUUCAUCAUACUGUAUCUAUAUUGAAAGAUGUCCCAAACUAAUGUCAAGUAUUCACAGUAGCAGCAAAUAUUUCGCAGCGAUAAAUUUAUAUUAGUGUAACAUAUAUGGUGGUUUAAGUAUUUAUUCGUACUAACGCAAACAAAUUUCUGCUAAGAAUAGAGAAAUGCGAAUAUUUUGUUCUAGUUUGGAGGAUCCUUUAUACGUAGACGUCUCACUUAUGUUGUUAUUUGAUAUUUUGUCAUCUAUAAACUGGACAGUGGUGCAAUCAUUGUUUAUGAAUUCAAACAUAGAUCAAAUUAAAUAUAACUGUGUUAAAUGUGUGUAAUUAUCUCAAAAUAAUAAUGCUGAUUAUGUAUGCAGUUUUAAAAUUGUAUUCAAAUUAUUUUUCAUAUUAUAUUGAGUGGAAGGUAUGUACGUUUUUGUAGUGAAAGUAGAAGUGUUCCAACAUAACAUUUAAUUUUCAUUUUGUUUUUUGGUAAUAUAUUUAUGGAAAUAUAUUUAUUUUUUUAAAUUAUGGAAUUCUAUAAUAUGUUGGGUUAAAUAGUUUGUUCGUGUUUCUUUCUAAGAAUUUUAAAUGCUAUUAACUUUGUAUGAAACUUCUUUAAUCAAUGAUAUAUACACUAUUUUGGUACAUCAACAUUAAUCCUCGUUAAUUUUUCCAUUGUACUUCAUUCUAUUUAUCCAAUGCGAAAUUUUUAUUUUUAAAAUGUUGUAUUCAUGUUUUAACCAUAUACUUAUUACUAUUAUAUAUAAUUAUAUAUAAUCAUAUAGAUAGCAUAAAACGGAUAUUACUCACCAAUUUACAUACUUAUGUAAAAGAUCUUUGUUUAUAGAAAACUGAAAAACAAACCUGAUAAUGUGAAUGAAUUCUUAAUAAAUUUUAAAUCGUUAUGUAUAUAUAUUGAAGUAUGUACAAGGCCGAAAACGAACUUACCAUUCAACUUAAUAAAUUUUUAAAAGAUUUUAUGUAACGCAUAGUCUAGUAAUAAUUUAUAAUUUUUCUUAAAUUACAAAUCUUUUUAAACAUUUUUUAUGAAUAUAGAAUUUCAAUUAACUUUAUCAUGUAUCAAUUGCAUAAAGUAUACAUAUUUAAACACAGUUUAACUGCAACAUAAGUGAGACAAUUUUAAUUAUAAGAAAAAAACAACUUUCCUUAUGACAUGACAAGAAAUUAAAAAGGCAUUCUUGUAGUAUUAAAUAAUAGAAAAUUUUCAUAAAAGUCUUAUAGACUUGAAAAAGUCAAAC